AUGCAGGUUCAAUUAGGAGCCCCCAAGACUUGCGGUGGUGGUGACGACACUCAGUUCGCAACAUUAACUGCAGCUCAGCUUGGCUGGAGAUUCGACGGCACAGAAAAGCUCUAUACUAUUCCAUUCGCCAAGUUCACGGGGUUUGACUUGACUAAGGUCAAUACCGUUCUUAUCCAGGGCUUAAGUAGACCCGUAACAUUUGGUCCGAUGGCCUUAUACUGCGGUGCUACCAUCUCCGAGUACAUUAUCACUCCUGACAUUGCUCUCCCAGUGCCUACUUCGACGGUAGCAGCACCGGCAGGCACUGCAUCACCUUUAGUUAUCGACACCUUCAAGGACAAAGACACGAACAACCUUGGCUUUUGGCAUGGCGAAGAUGAAGGUAUCACGACCACCUUUGGCUCCAGUAGGAUGACUAUUAAGACCAACGACUCGGAUCUUGCGUGGUACAGUCAAAUCAGCGAGACUUGUGCAGAUAUAACAGCGUACCAGGACUCUUACCUUCACAUCAUCUAUAGUGGAAGUAACAAAUUCUCAAUAGCCCUUCAACAACACAACUCGCUAUGCGACGAGAACAUUGCCCCGUAUCCGGAGACGUGGGAUUCUCUCGAGGUAGCCAGGUAUUCAACUGCAACAGACAUUUACAUGCCCAUAUCUCACUUUAAUAUUGAGCUUAGUCGGGUGAUGGGCUUGGCUCUUAAAGGCUUCUACACAUUGGACCCAACUGUCCUCACAAAGAUUGAGAUUGUUCCGACCAUCCCCGACGGUUUCAAGAUCCCGAACAAGCUGCCCUCGGGCAAUCUCGUCUUCGCAUGCAAGCGGCCAAACUCGUUCGCGUUCGCAAUCGACGACGGCGAUCCGACAAUGGCGCAAGAGGUCAUGGAGAUUGUACGAUCAGAAAACAUCAACGUGACUUUCUUCACGGUCGGUGCACCACUAGAUGACCCGUCGACCAACCUAUCGACCUUGUAUCGUGACAUGCGCGAAAGAGGCCAUCAGAUUGCUCUGCACAGCUUCACGCAUCCGAAGAUGGAAGGCCUGCCAAGUGACGCUGCUAUCGAUUGGGAGUAUACAAAUGAUAUCGAAACUGUCUCGCAAGUCUUUGACGGGUUACACACACCGUAUUUCCGACCCCCUUUCGGCACUGAAGGAGCACGUAUGCGCCAGCGUCUGUCCGCAGCUUUGGGCACCGACAAUCCCUACCUGGUCAUGUGGAGUGUCGAUGUUGAGGACUGGCUAUGGGCCGAGACGAAGACUCCCGAGAAGCAGCUUGAAGCGUUCAAGCGCGAUCUGGCCAAAGGCGGGAGCCUCGUAGUCAUGCACUACCUUUACCCAAGUACUGUGGGAUAUCUACGCCAGUUUAUUCAACUGGCGAAGGCAACGGGAAAGCAACUCAUGCGCGUGGACCAAUGCAUGAUGGAUCCUAACGCGCCGCCGCUAUAG